UGGUCACACUCAUUCACUCAUUAAAAAAAUUAAAAAAAUGAAAAUGGAAAAGCAUCAUCGACUACCGCUCCCAGAAUUGCACGACGAUAAGCACAGACACAAACAGUGCAAUGGCGAGAACAGCAAUCGCUUCCGGCCGCCGAAGUACAAGACUCGCGGAUACAUCACCGUGGACAACAACAAUCUAAACAGGAGCCAAUCGCUGGGCUCCUGCAGCGCCAAUAGUUCCCAGAUCGCCCACGCUAUCUCCUUCCGGGACGCCGGAUGUUCGGAUUCGAGUAUUUUGCCAUCGUCGCCAUUCCAAGCGGAGCUAAGCUCCCUUUCACUAUCACACUUUGAGCAGUGCUUCGAGCGGCUUGCCAAAUUGGGCGAAGGAUCCUUCGGCGAGGUCUUUCAGGUACGCGAUCGGUCCGACGGCCAACUGUACGCCGUGAAGAUCUCAAAGCAAUUAUUCCGUGGCGAGCAGUAUCGCGCCGAGCGUCUGGAAGAGGUUCGACGGUACGAAGAAUUCUCCGGUCACGAGAACUGCAUUCGGUUUAUUCGCGCUUGGGAGCAAUACGACCGUCUGUAUAUGCAAAUGGAACUGUGCCGCGAAAGCUUGGAACAGUAUUUGCUACGCUGCCAAAGAAUUCCCGAAGAACGUAUCUGGCACAUCCUAUUGGAUCUGCUAAGGGGCCUUAAGUCGCUGCACGACAGGAAUCUCAUUCAUCUGGAUAUUAAGUUGGACAAUGUCCUGAUCGGCGAGGACGACGAAACGUGCAAGUUGGCAGACUUUGGUCUAGUCAUCGAUGUAGACAAAGCUAAUAGCCACCAUGCCACAGAGGGAGAUUCCAGGUACAUGGCUCCGGAGAUACUACAGGGACACUUCUCCAAAGCGGCUGAUAUCUUCAGUCUAGGUAUAGCCAUGUUGGAACUAGCUUGCUACAUGGAUCUUCCCUCAAACGGUCCACUUUGGCACGAGCUUAGGCAUGGAAUUCUGCCCGAGGAGUUUAUCAACAAAAUAUCUCUGGAGCUACAAUUGGUGAUCAAGUCCAUGAUGAUGCCUGAUCCAGCGCAAAGACCAACAGCAGAUCAACUACUCUCACACCCCAAAUUGCAGCACCUGCAAAAUAAGCGCAAGUCGCUUAUGAAUCUCAGUAUGCUGUCGCGUAGUUUUAGGCGAUCUCGACGCGCCGUCUGGGGAAGAAUGUGCAAUUGGAAAACGGCCGCUUUCCGUUAUUUCCUUUACUUCCUGGAAGUUCUUCAUCUAUGCAAGCCCAUAGCUCCCUCACAGCCAAAAAUCAACGUAGUUCCCUCUUCUCCCACGUCCAAAGGAGUGCCUCUUUUGCCCCGGGUGGAGUUCCAGCUGAUAGGAUCUACACCCAUUGCCAAUCGCGACUGUUAUGCCUCUGACUUUCUUUCCGGCGAAGACGCACUGGACUUGUCUAAUCAGGAUACCCCCAACGUAAUAAAUUCCACACCACUUAACAGCAACCAGGGUAAAUCUCGCAUGGAUUUGCUAAAGAAUAAUGUUGAUUCGCUCGGAAGGUUUGUCCAUGUUCAAGAUUUCGAAAGUCCGUGCUCUGCCCUGUCUUCCGCUAAGGUCCUCGACACAUCUUCAUUCCGACGCAAAAAGCUCUUCGUCUUAGAAUAUGACGACGAGUGAGUACGGAGGUACAGAUAAAUGGAAACCCAAUGAAUUUAUGAUGCAAACUAUAUAUAUCAGUUUCGAAACAUAUACCAGAUACAUAUGGCAACAGAAUAUAUCGUUAAUUGUAUUUAGCUUAGUUAUAGACUGUAGAGUUGUACGAAGUUCCCUAGAUUUAGUCUUACAAUUGUGUAAUGUUAAUGCUUCUUUAGAAGAACUUGUUGAACUUGAACAUAUAAUCAUGUGAUAUAUAUACGAAAAGCGAUUUGAAAAGUUUAAAAAUAAAAACUGCUAACUGAAA